AUGAACGCCAGCGGCCCGGGCUACCCGCUCGCCUCGCUCUACGUGGGCGACCUGCACCCGGACGUGACCGAGGCCAUGCUCUACGAGAAGUUCUCGCCCGCUGGUCCCAUCCUGUCCAUCCGCGUGUGCCGCGACGUGGCCACGCGCCGCUCGCUGGGUUACGCCUACAUCAACUUCCAGCAGCCCGCGGACGCGGAGCGGGCACUGGACACCAUGAACUUUGAGGUGAUCAAAGGCCAGCCCAUCCGCAUCAUGUGGUCCCAGCGAGACCCAGGACUUCGUAAGUCAGGUGUGGGCAACAUCUUCAUCAAGAACCUGGAGGACUCCAUUGAUAACAAGGCCUUGUACGACACCUUCUCCACCUUUGGGAACAUCCUCUCUUGUAAGGUGGUGUGUGAUGAGCACGGCUCCCGUGGCUUCGGCUUUGUGCAUUUUGAGACCCACGAGGCUGCACAGAACGCCAUUAGCACCAUGAACGGAAUGCUGCUGAAUGACCGCAAAGUCUUCGUUGGCCACUUCAAGUCCCGACGGGAGCGGGAGGUGGAGCUGGGCGCUCGGGCCAUGGAGUUCACCAACAUCUACGUGAAGAACCUCCACGUGGACGUGGAUGAGCAGGGCCUGCAGGACCUCUUCUCCCAGUUUGGGAAGAUGCUGAGUGUCAAGGUGAUGAGGGAUGACAGCGGCCACUCCCGCGGCUUUGGCUUUGUCAACUUCGAAAAGCAUGAGGAAGCCCAGAAGGCUGUGGUGAACAUGAACGGGAGGGAGGUGAGCGGGCGGCUGCUCUACGUGGGCCGGGCCCAGAAGCGGGUUGAGCGGCAAAAUGAGUUGAAGCGCAGGUUCGAGCAGAUGAAGCAGGACCGGCUGACCCGCUACCAGGGCGUGAACUUGUAUGUGAAGAACCUGGAUGACUCCAUAGAUGAUGAGAAACUGAGGAAAGAGUUCUCUCCCUAUGGGGUGAUCACCAGUGCCAAGGUGAUGACAGAGGGUGGCCACAGCAAAGGGUUUGGCUUUGUGUGUUUUUCCUCUCCAGAAGAGGCGACCAAGGCCGUGACAGAGAUGAAUGGGCGCAUCGUGGGCACCAAGCCACUGUACGUGGCACUGGCCCAGCGCAAGGAAGAGCGGAAGGCCAUCCUGACCAACCAGUACAUGCAGCGCCUCUCCACCAUGCGGGCCCUGGGCGGCCCCAUCCUGGGCUCCUUCCAGCAGCCUGCCAGCUACUUCCUGCCUGCUGUGCCCCAGCCUCCGGCUCAGGCUCCGUACUACGGCUCUGGCCCACCCAUCCAGCCUGCCCCCAGGUGGACGGCCCAGCCACCCAGACCGUCAUCCGCUUACCCGCCCGGGGCCUCAGUGGUCCGGCCAGCAGCCAUGUCUCGGCGCCCCUUGGCCCCUGUUGGAAGCUCCAGGCAGGUCUCCACCCACAUGCCACACCUGGUGCCCCACACCCAGCGAGUGGCCAAUAUUGGUACCCAGACCAUAGGACCCAGUGUGACAGGAUGCUCUACCCCUAGCAGGCCUCUCCUGACACACAAAUACUCCACGCCAGCACACUGCACUGACAGGGUCCAGGAGCCCGCUGUGCGUGUCCUCGGACAGGAGCCCCUGACCGUGUCCACGCUGGCUGCAGCACCACUGCACGAGCAGAAGCAGAUGAUCGGUGUGUGCCUAAGCCUCAGAGGCUGUUCUGUACAGGUGAGCGUCUCUUCCCCCUUGUCUACAAUGUCCACGCCCACUUGGCCGGCAAGAUCACGGGCAUGCUGCUGGAGAUUGACAACUCGGAGCUGCUGCUCAUGCUGGAGUCCCCAGAGUCCCUCAACGCCAAGGUCGAAGAGGCUCUGGCAGUGCUGCAGGCCCACCAGGCCACGGAGCACAUGCGAGGAGUGA